UUUUUAGGGUGCGAUUGCAAUGUGGAAGAAUUCGUUCAUUCGUUAGGCCUGCUUCGUAGAUGCAAGGAAUAUUAUUCAGACAGGUGUAUAUCCAUUUCGGUUAUAAGAAGGGACUGAAGGGGGCGUAUUCGAGUCAAACAGAAAAGGACUGCAAACUCAAAGUAAAAGAUCAAGGAAGCCAUGGACAACCAAUAUAAACCCAAUAACACCCCACCUUGCAAUGGAAUUUCAGCUCAUGACAAGAAAAUCAGUUUUUUGGUAGCUGAAGAUCAUGGUCAGAGAAUCUUAAAUGUACUGCAAAGCUUCAGAGCUCAAAACAUAUUUUUUGAUUUUAAAAUACUUGUAAAAGAUGAAGCAAUUCCCUGCCAUCGUUGUGUACUAGCAGCGUGUAGUGACUUUUUCAGGGCCAUGUUUGAAGUUAACAUGAAAGAAAGAGAUGAUGGGAGUGUUACCAUAAGUAAUUUAACACCCAAGGCAGUGAAGGCUUUUCUAGAUUAUGCUUAUACUGGAAAAACUGAGUUAACAAAUGAUAAUGUGGAAAUGUUCUUUCAGCUGUCCUCCUUUCUUCAAAUUUCACUUCUUUCAAAAGCUUGCAGUGACUUUCUAAUUAAGAAUAUCGAUCUUGUUAACUGUUUGCAACUAUUAUACAUUUCUGAAAGUUACGGCUCCACUAAGCUAUUUGAGCAUACACUUAAGUAUGCCCAGCUCCAUUUCUCCUUGCUUCUCCAAUCAAAUGAUUUCUUGGAAAUGAAUUUUGAGAUACUGCAAAAAUGUAUAGAAGCUGAUGAGUUGAACGUAUCAGAUGAAGAAUCUGUGUUGAAAGCUGCCUUUUGGUGGACAAAACAUGACUUAGAAACAAGGCAUAAAUAUCUUCUUCAUUUGAUGAAGAAAAUCAGAUUACAUCAAUUACCUGAAAAAACAUUGCAGGAUAUUUUGCUCUCUGAGGAACAGUUACUUAAAACUACUAAUUGCUUAGUAAUAAUCAAGGAAGCAAUUCAAAAUGUACAGAGUUUCAGUGGGCUCUUCCCAGAUCCUCGCCCAUCAACUACAGAAAAAUAUAUACUGGUUCAUAAAACUGAAGAAAAUAAAAUUAAUCAACAUACAUUUUGCUAUAAUAUUAAAACUGAUCAGUGGAAAGAACUGAUGCACAUAAAUAUAUUUGAUCUACCUGGAUCAAGUUUAUCUAGUUAUGGUGAAAAAAUAUUUAUAACUGGUGGAUGUAAAGGUAACUGUUUCCGGACUAUUAGACUUCAUAUUGCUGAAACAUUUCAUGAUGCCACAGAUCAAACUUGGUGUUACUGCCCAGCAAAUGAUAGCUUUUCAUUAGUAUCUGCCAUGACGAAGCCAAGGACAAUGCAUACAUCUGUUGUGACUCUAAAUCGUUUGUAUGUAAUAGGAGGGAGGACAAGGGCAUCUCAGAAUAUCAAAAGCCUUUUGGAUGUUGAGGCAUAUAAUCCCGUGUCUAGAGAGUGGAAAUCUGUGAGUCCAUUACCAAGGGGCAUCUACUACCCAGAAGCAAGUGCCUGUCACAGUGUAAUAUAUGUGCUUGGUUCUGAAGUUGAAAUUACAGAUGCCUUUAAUCCAUCUCUUGAUUGCUUCUUUAAAUAUAAUGCUGCAACAGAUCAGUGGUCUCAGUUAGUAGCAGAAUUUGGGCAAUUCUUUCAUGCAACUUUAAUCAAAGCUAUUCCAGUGAACUGCACUUUAUACAUUUGUGAUCUUUCUACUUACAAAGUUUAUAGCUUUUGUCCAGAGACCUGUGUCUGGAAAGGAGAAGGCUCUUUUGAGUGUGCUGGAUUUAAUGCAGGGGCAGUUGGAAUAGAAGAUAAAAUAUACAUUCUGGGUGGAGAUUAUGCUCCUGAUGAAAUAACUGAUGAAGUGCAGGUCUACCAUAGCAGUAGAUCUGAAUGGGAAGAAGUUGCACCUAUGCCAAAGGCCCUUACUGAGUUUCAUUGUCAGGUGAUUCAGUUUAAUAAAUUCAGGGAUCCAUGGUUGCAAAAACAAUGUGACACAAACAAUUAUACAUGAGUACCUAAUUUCUCAUGUAUUUGCUCUUUAUUAUUUAUUUAUUAAAUUUGUUUGCUGCCCAUUUUGGCCACGAUGUGAUUUUAAGGUAACCAAAUAUUAGGGUUCAAUCUACCAAACCAUAUUUUCUCUUAAGAUACAUCUUUUGAGUUUGGAUGGCCUUUGUUUAAUAUUAUUAAUUAAAUUAUUAUUUAAUU